AUAUAUACAGAAUAUAUAAAUAUAUAAGGAGUUUCAGAGCACAGAUGAUUUUUAUUUUGACACAUCCACAGACCACAAGAAUUUUCUGCUUUUUCUACAGCUAUGGUUUUUCCAUCAAAGGGACCGAAACAGACACUCUUUUAUAUUGUGCUACUUCACCUUACUCGUGAAUAUCAAUGUCUUGAUUUAAUCAGUUGCAAUGGUACAUUUAGGGCACCAGAUUUUAAUGACAUCUUUGUGACAUGUGGGGCACAGCAAAUUGAACUUUCUAUUUACCUGUGCCCUGUGUACUUCUCUGGCUAUAAUGAAACUCAGCUUUAUAUGAAUGAUAUUUUUUCUAACAUGGCUUGCCAAGGAAAAGUUGAUACAUCAUCCAGCUCAGUUCCUUUACUGAAAUUUGUUUUUUCAAUCAAUGACAGUUCAACCUGUGGCAGUGCAUUUCAGAUAACGGACACUUUAGGUCAAGGAGUUUUUGACAUCUUUUCAAACAUUCAAUUUGUUAACAUUAGUGGAAUAAUCAAAUCUAAAGAUCCAAUUGCUGGCGUUAUCACCCGGAGCCCUGAACUGAAGUAUUUAUAUUCCUGUAGCUAUCCUCUUGAAUAUCUUAUGAACAACACUAGGCUGGAUGUGGCUGGGAAUAAUAUAGCUAUGACUACCAAUAAUGGAAGCUUCGUCAGUACACUCUAUGUUCGGUUGUUUUCGGAUGCAAGUUAUGCCAGACCUCUUUUUAUCCCACAAACUGGAAUCAAGUUAAACCGUACAGUAUAUGUUGAAGUAGGAGCAACCAACUUGACUGAAAAAUUCAAUGUGUUACUGGAUAGAUGCUAUGCUUCAACCUCCCCAUACCCAACCAAUUCAACCUCCUAUGACCUUUUUGUAGGAUGUCAAAAGGAUCAAUAUACUUUUAUUAAAACAAAUGGAGACAGUCAGGUUGCCCAGUUUUACUUUUCAGCCUUCCGAUUCCUUGAACAGUAUCAACAGGCUGUGUCAACGUUUUAUUUGCAUUGUAUUACAAGACUCUGUGAAGUGUCUGCAUGUUCAUCCUUUAAGCCAGUCUGCUCAAAUCGAAAAAGGAGGAGUGUUAGAGCAGCUUCAAGCUCUUCAGGUUAUCCUUCACUUUCUGAUCCAGCAACAGUAACUUCUCUGGGGAUUCUUACCAGUGCUGACACUAAUAAUCCAACCAGUUCAUCACCUGGUUCUUCCAGUGUGGACUCCAAAGGAAUUGUGAGCACUGCUGUUGGCUUGGGAAUAACAGUUGGCUUCUUGGCUUUACUCUGUACCCUUAUGGGUGGCCUUGCAUACCUUAUGCACAGACGACUUCAGAAGACUAGAUAUCUGGAGAAAAACAACUUUCAUUAAGAAAAAAUAGACUCAUCAAUACGGGCUCACAUUUGAAAUAUUUUCUUUUUUUGCUGACUAAGGGGCAGUUUAGGUUAAUGCAUAAUUGUAAUAAUUCUAGUGUAAAUAUAUGAAUUGGUGUUAAACCAAAAAAAACAAACAUUAUUUUGCAGCUUACCAAUUCAUAGAUGUGAUGGCUGCAUUUGUUUCCUUUGUUUGGCUUCCUUUCUUUUAUUUCCACCUUGUGAUCUGGCAAGUAAGUCUGUUCUUUUUCAACAGAACAAGCUCUGAUGCAAAAGUAUCAGUUCAGAGUGUUGAGAUAAACCCAUGUGCUACUGACAGGGGUGCUUACAAUGAUAGGCUUGUAUUUAUUCUUGUAAAACCUUUAUCCCAAAAAGAAAAAAACUGUUUGCAUACAUAAAUGUAGUGUGAGCUGGAGUUUGAGUUCAGUAUGUUAGCAUAUCUAUAUCAGUGCAUCUAACACUCCUCUCCCUCAACACUGACAAUUCUGCCAUCUGCUCUGCCCCUGUGCUCUUUAUGCAGAGUGGGGGAAUGUGAAUACAGGAGGCAUGUUACUGGCUAGAUCCCCAGGUGAAAAAGAAAAAGCCUAAAAAAAAUAUAUAUGCAGCCAUAACAUCUAAGGCUUGGUAAGCUGCAACAUAUUCUUUUGAGCUUAAUACUAUAAGUAUGAUCAAUAUGUUAUAAUAACCUUGUAUUGCUAUUUGAUUUUUUUGGCAAUAAAAAAUAAAAAUCAAUAGAUAAAUUUGCAUGGAA